AUGACCCUAGCAACCAGGGGAUCACCAGGAACCAUCUCCUUUACUACUCGAUCUAACACACGCUCUACUACUAGCUCUACCACACGCUCUACUACACGUUCUACUACUCACUCUACCACACGCUUUACUACUCGCUCUACCACACGCUUUACUACUUGCUCUACCACAUGCUCUACUACUCGUUCUACCACACGCUCUACUUCUCCUUCUACCACACGCUCUACUUCCUGUUCUACCACACACUUUAAUACUCGCACUACCACACACUUUAAUACUCGCACUACCACACACUUUACUACUCGCUCUACCACACACUUUGAUACUCGCUCUACCACCCGCUCUUCUACUUGCUCUACUAGAUGCUCUAACACACGCUCUACUACUCUCUCAACCACACGCUCUACUACUUCUUCUACCAACACUCUACCACACGCUCUACUACUAGCACACUCUACUACUCGCUCUACCACAUGCUCUACCACACUCUCUACCACAUGCUCUACUACUCGCUCUACCACAUCCUCUACCACAUCCUCUACCAAAGACUCUACUACUCGUUCUAUCAAACGCUCUACUACUCGCUCUACUACCACACACUCUAAUACUCGCUCUACCACAUGCUCUACCACAGACUCCCCUACUCGUUCUACCACAUGCUCUACCACACGCUCUACUACACGCUUUACUACUCGCUCUACCACACGCUUUUCUACUCGUUCUAAUGAAUGA